CUUUAUUACAAUCAGCAGUCCCGGAGCAAAUGCCGUGACUCACAUCAACUGCAGACAUUAGAUCUAUUGGAGCAGUAGAUCGAAACAAGCAAAAUAACAUAUUUGUGAUUAUUUAACAUGGCCGACAGGCGAGCUGAAAUAGCUAGAAAGAAAGCUCAAAUUGAACAGCUUCGUAAAGAACGAAAAGAAAAGGAGAUAGCUAAAAAAGAGGUAUCUCAAUCAAUUUUAUAGUCAUGGUCAUGAUCCUGAUCAGUAUCAGAAUAUUAUUAUUAUUAAUCAUAAAUAAUGUUCAUAUUAAUUCAUAUGAUUAAUUAUAAGGUAGAUAGCAUUUUUUUAAAAAGCUCUUUAAAGAAGGCCUAGUUUUAAUUUUGUUUUGCUUCAGGCAGCUAUUGGUAAUUAACUCACUGCUAUUUCUGGCUAAAACAGGCAGUGCGCGCCAUGACGUCAUUUACUUGUUUAUGUCCUAAAAUUUAUGUUAAGUUACUGUUACUGUGUUGGAUUGUGGGGUUCACUGAGUAGCGGCCCCUAUGCCUUAACCUACUGAUUUAGUAUGCACUGUCACUGUCCCCACCAGACCCCCCCCCCCCCAUUGUUCAUAAAUCAUCGCUAAAAAAAGUUAGACCCCCCCUCCCCCCUCUCCCAAUUAAACGUUACAAAUUACUGUGUCCACUACUGUCCUUUACAAACCCUUAAGAAUUUCACCUCCCAUAGAUAGGAAGUUACUGCACCUGCAUCAGAAAUAUUUCACUAGAACAGUGGUUCUUAACCAGUGAUAACACCCUAGCCAUGAGGCGUGGAAGACCAGAAAAUUGUAUUUGCCCUCAUUGCUAGUUUUUGCUGCUUUUUAAAAAAAAAUUUUAAAAAAUCAAUUUUUUUGCAUUUUGAUUAGCAGCUGCAAAUGUUUUUUUCUGUUGAAUUUUGUUAGCGCAUUACUGGUAUUGGUAAUUUAUUUCCUUGUUUAUAAAAAGUUAAUUUAAGAAAUAAAACUGUGAUAACUAAAUUAUUUUUAUAUUUUUAAUUCUAUUACAAUAUAAUUUAUAGGGUUCUGGGGGGGGGGGGCCUUUAAAACAUAGUGGCCCGGCAGCGCUGCCCAAAGGUUAAGAAUCCCGGACUAGUGCAUUUCCUAAGACCCCAUCCUCCCCCCCCUGGUCAACCAUUUUUUUUCUUUCCACUUUAAAACAUAGUGGCCCGGCAGCGCUGCACAAAGGUUAAGAAUCCCUGACUAGUGCAUUUACUAAGAUCCCAUCCUCCUCCCCCUGGUCAACCAUUUUUUUUCGUUCCAUCCCACUUCACAUGGUAGUCCUAAUCCUAUGGCUCCCGUCUCCACAUUUAGACAUAAAUUUUCACGACUGUCAUUGUAACUACACCACUCCUCCUCCAGUAAUUUGAUCAGAGGCCAUUUCUCAGACCUCGCAUACUUGUACUGAUUCUCUCAGGGAUCCUAGUUUAAAAAUAAAAUAAUCAUAAUUGUUUUUUAAAAGAAUAAUGUUAAAAAUGUCUGUAUGUUUAUUAAGUGCUAUUCUUUACAACAAUAUUAAGUUUUUCAUAUGACGUUACAUUGCUUAAACCCCCCCCCCCCCCCCCACCACACACACACACACACAAAUCAUCAUCACAAAAGUGUACCUGGAAUUUUAUCCUUUAGAUCACUAUUAACGCCUUUCAUGCCAGAGGGGUUUGCACAUUUGUGCCAGACCAGUUUGUAAAUUUUUUAGAGUCUAAUUUAUUAAAUGAAUUUUGAAUAGCAUUUUCUUAUCAAAAUAACAAUAUUUCAUAGCAAAUUAAAGGAAAUUAGACAGAUUAAUCUAUACAAAGUAGUUAUAUUCCUACUUUAAAGUAUUAGACCCAAGCCUAGUCAUACUCAUCAUACUGUCACAGUGAAGAUGAUAUUCAAUGACAAUGUCACUAAAUGAUUAAUAAAAUAGGCCUAUGUCCCCUAUGUAUCAUUAUGUGUUAUUAUUUUUGUCAAUUGCUUUGCUUAGGCAUAUGUCUUGUAAGUAGGGAAUCAUUAUUGAGAAAUUUAAUGACACAGUUUCUUGUCCAAUUUUCCUAUUGUGAUGACCAUUUCUGUUAUUUAUUCAUGUAAGUAAUUAUUUAGUAAAUGUUCAUUGUUAAGUUAUUGUAAAAUACAUUUUAAUAUCUGUGUUGUUACUCUGAAAAUAAGUUGCUACUAUUUUUUCAGGGACCAGUAAAAGUAGUAUCACAAUCUAGUCCAAGUGGGACUUCAUCAGAUCCUGAUGCUUUAUUCAGGGAUUUAGGUAUAUCUAUAACAGGUGAAAUAAUAUAUAUAGUAGUCUCUUUUAGCUUUACAUCUUUAAAUAUUAUCACAUGGCAUCUAUGGGUACACUUGAGAUAAUGUCUUUCACAGCUUUAGUGAAGUUUCCCGCUCAGUUUAUGUGCAAUUGUAAAUGAUAAAUAAUAUCAUAUUUAUUUUAAUUAUUUAUUAAAAACUGUGGUCAUUUUGUUUGAUCUCCAGAGCCUUCUGCACAGCAAACAAUAAAUGCAUCAGUGACAAGCUCUCCAAGUUCUGGUGAAGUAGCAUCAUUGCCAGUUACUCUUGCAAGGUUAUUAUUUUGUACAUUGUAAAAACAAUUCUUGUUCUUUACAUGAGUUUCAUUUCAAUGUACAUUUUUGGUUAUAAUUUUGUUUUAAUAUGUAGAAAAAAGUUGUUAAGAAAUAAAUCUUUUGUUUUUGUCAAUCAUUCUUUUUUUGUAUUUUCUUUAUUAUAUGUAUCUAAGCUCCAAGAGAAGGAAUAUUCAACUUUCAGUUGUCAAAGUCAAUGAAACUAACAUCCCACCAAAGGAAAAUGUAGCCUACAGUAAGGAAACACAGACUAUCAACCCUGAGCCUAUUGAAAAGGAUGGUAAGUGUUUUCAAGUAUUGACUUUUUACUCACAUUAUUUACACAUAUCUUAUCUUGCUUUUGAGAUGUGUGUGAGGCUAAUCAUUGUUCUUCUAAUCAUUAGCUUUACAGUUAUUGGUACUCAUUUUUGUAGGUCUGGAUUGUUUUUAAAUUUUUUUGAUAACUGAUAAGCUUAUGGUUUUGUUUUGAUAAAAAAUAAUGAUACAUUUACCUGACUAAAAAUAAAUCUCAUUUUUAAAAUUGUCAAUACUAACGUUAGUUUUAAUUCUUUCAAACUUAUUAAUUGUAAAUUGCACCCUGGCUGUGAAAUUUUCAUAAAGAUAUUAAGCUAUUGUGACCAAAAAAAUUGAGAGCUCAUUCAUUAUAUUUCUUUUUCCUUAGCUCAAAGUUUGUUUGCUAAAAAUGUAAUUUAAAAUAUAACUAAUGUAUACGUGUUUUGAGCACUACACUUGGGCCCAAAUUCAAUAUCUUUAUCUCGUGUACAAAUUUAACAAGAAUCUUGAUUGCAAUCCUUACCUUGUCUAUUCUCAUAUUAGGAAGGAGAAAACGAUCUCAUUCUCACGGAAGUGAGUAGUUUGUUAACGUGUAUGAACCCAUUUUACUCUAGGGAACUGCUGAAAAUAUUGUAUAAAGCUUGUGUCUACCUGAAUAUGAAAAUUAAUUUUUGACAUGUCUCUCUGUCUUUUACACUUAAAUAUUUUGUGCCAAUUCACUUUAAAAAAUCGGUUUACUCAGUCUGUUUUGUGCACCCUGUUUUAAAUAGAUUUUUAUCAUGCUAUUAACAUAUGUAUUCAAGGACAUAUCUUUAGAAGGACCUCUGGUAGCAUUUAAAUUGAAUUUAAAUCAGGGACUGGUUGUUUUUUUUUUAUCAAAUUUGUUUUAUUUGUACACUGGUACAAUUUAUUAAGCCUGUCUCUUAACUUCUUGUAUUCUUGUUGCUAAUUUUGAUGUACAUUGUGGAUAGAUGCACCUGCACUUUCAUGCCAUCUAGUCAGUUUAUUGUGCCGGCUGCUUGCUGCCUUAUGUGUAGCUCAACCAUUUUAAAUAACACAGGCUCAAAAAUGAUUUUGUGCUUAACUACAGCUGAACAAAAUUGAUUAAUUAUUUUAACUUCUAAAGGAUCAAAUUUAUUCAUGUUAUAUUCUGAAAAUCUUAACCAAACAUUUUUAACUGUGUUAUUUUAAUAUGUUAAAAAUAGUCUAAGUGUAGUGUUGCCUGUUAUAACUAGAAAUGGUCAGUGUUUCUGUGUGUUUAUAACAUAAAUAUGAUUUACAUAAAUUUGAUGUAUGCAUUGUACCCAAUUAUUUGUUUUAUUAAAGUUAUCAUCUAAUAAUCAGGAACCUUCUGAAAGUGGCAGUACUCAAAUAAAAGGAAGCUUUUUAUUUUUGUUACCAUUUUUUUUUUUAAACUUAAGACUUGAUGUUAUUUAUAAUUCUUUGUAAAACUCAAAAGUAACUGGAAUAUUGAUGUGUGUAUUGUGCAACAAUGGCCAAAACAUUUCAAAGGCCAAUUUGGUAAUUGCUUGCCACAAGUACUGGCUUCCAUUAAAAAAAGUUAUUAAAUUGUGUUCAAAUUGUUGGUCUGUGCUAGUUAUAUGACCAGUAGCCAUAUUGUGCUUUUUUAUUUUUACUUAGCCAUCAGUAAAUUAAUGAAAAUUUUAAAAAAUAUUGUCUAGAUAUUUAAACACUUAAUUUAGAUUGGAAAAUGUGGGUCAGGAGAAGCAUGCUAUUUUUUAUUUUGAUGCAUGGCGUUUAAUGGUGAAUGUGAGAUACCAUUGGAUUAAAUUAAAUAUAUUAAGGGAUAUUUGAUCUAUGGCUGCUCUUGUCAGUCUAGAACAACCAAACAAUUAUGUUAGAUAAGAUAUUUAUUGGUAAAAAAAAAAAUUAUUAUUGCCUAAGACAAGUACCACAUGAAAUCUGAAAUUCCAAUCCACUCUAUAAAAGCAAAAUUAGAUUGGACAGUUCCGAAACCUCAUGGGAUUUUAAGCCAACAAGCAACGAAUGGUCUCAAUUAAGAAAUUGAGCUCUAACGGAAAAAUAUAAUGAAUGACAAUGCCAUUUGUAAAUGAGGAAAAAAACUUCAGUUUCAAUUAAGACCUGGUUUUAAUUUUUUAAUAACGUUUAUCCAUGGGUCAAUGAUAAGAAACUUCUAGUGUUGUUACAUACUAUGAGCACCAUAUUGUCCAAAUAAGAACCCUCAUAAUAGUGGAAGUCUUUCCUAACAUAAGAGUAGGAUAUUAUGUUAUCUAGUUAAAUGAUUUCAUAAAUAUUUCCAUUUGUUAAAUUUAACUCUAAUUUUGCUCAUUCUUGUCUUUGCACUUGUUGUCUCCCUUACUUGAGUGUCCAUUUUUUUCCAUGACUUUGUUAUUUUAAACAUUGAUUACAUUUUUUUAAACACAUCAUGCCAAUACAGAACCUUUUGAGAUAGAUCCGUGACCACGGUUUAUAAUUUUUUGCUGCAAAUUCUUGGUAUUUGUAAACCAUUAACAGCUGUCAUCAAAGUAAUAUUAGAUUUAUGCUUAAUACAUUUUCAAAAGUCUGAAAUUAUUGCUUGGACUUGUUUAUGUCCUCGUAAAUUCUUUAAGAUUUUGAAAGCGAGCAACAGGUAAAGAAAAAUAUAAUCUCUUUGCAGAAUAACCUAAUACCUUAUUUAAAUAAACAUUAGUUAUUUGCAUACUGUUGUUGGUGAUAUAGAAGAAAAAUGUAUGCUGUUUGUAAAUGCAUUCCAAUUUUAAAUUUAUUGUAUAUAUCCUGCAACCCAUGUGAAAAAUGUUUGUGUCUACCUAUCCCUAAACUAAUUAUUGGAGGAAAAAUUUCUAGUAAAAUUAAUUGGAUAAUGUAUUCAUGUACACUUGUAACUCAAUAUAACCCUGUCCUUAGGGCAUCCAAAAAACAUUUUGCUCCAUAAUAGGGUUUAGUUUCUAUAGAAACUGAUAUCCCAUGGUGACUUUCACGAAACCUCAACACUUAUACAUCAAGACUUUCUUUCCAGCAUCCAAUUUAUUACACUUCAAUUAAAGCUACAGUAAAAUCUGUUACUUUUUUUUUUUUGUUGAAAAAUUAAAAUUGUCAGAAAUGUAUCUAGUCUAUACAUUUACUGUGAUUUAGAUUUUUUUUAAAAAACCUAUAAUAUUUAAAAUUUUAUUGAAAAGAAUCCUCAUUAUAUAUAAUAUUGGCAAGCUCCAUUGAACUAAAAAAAUUAUUAACUAUGAGAUUGUCAAAUGUCACAUGAGCCUACCAAAAAAUGUAUAUGUUGUUACAUGAAUAGUCCUGUUGGAGCUUAGCACAAAUCAUAGGUGCAUAUCAUGCAUAAGAAUGUCAAGUUUUCCAACACUCUGUAUCAAUACAAUCUGGGGACCUUAAUUUUAUUUAAGUUUUUUAUAACUUCAGUAAAAAAAAAAAUAUUAUAAUAAAGUUGAAGCAUUAAAAUUGCAUCCUAAGAACCAACUGACUGCGUUGAAGUAUGCCCGUUCUUUUUUCCACAUUUGAGUUACCAGAAUAAAUAAGUAUUUAUCUAGUAACAUAGCAAGCACGUAGGCCUAGGAUCUGGGAUUUUAAAUUUAAUUAGCCUUAAACAAUAAUUACCCUGAUAGUAUUUAAGAACUAAUAGAUUAUCAAUUUAUGAAGUAAGAUGUAAAUUAUAUGCACACAAGAAAAACUCCAUAUUUGAAAUUAUUAUUUCUGUGUGUGCACUGUGUAUAUCUAAUACUUGCCGUGUCUUUAACAUUUAUCUCUGCCUUCAAGGCCGUGGACCAUGGGAUUAUUACGGUAAGUUGGGUAUCUCGCUGCAUGACCGUAAGGGAGGCAACACACGCUUUCUUUGUCUGGCUACAGACACAUUUUUUUAAACAAAUUUAUCUGUUGCCUUUUGUCUAGUAUUAUUAUGGUGGUGCUGCAAUUUUGAUUUCUUGAUUGCUUUCAUUUGUGCCAAGGGGCUUCUACCUAUAGAGCUUUUUUUUUUUAAAUUUCUCUUUUGGUGGAAAGGAUUUUAUAUAAAACUUAUAGUAUUUCAGAUGUGUUUAAAGGAAAAUGGGAAAAUAAGAUAAGGCUGCUUUCCACGGCUAGUGUUUGUUUUCUUUUAUAAAAUAUAAAUGCACCAUCUCAUUUUGAAUGCAGAUUUUUUAACAAUAGUGUCAUUUCAUGCUAAAAAAUGAAUCAGAUACUAAAGGUAUGAUACAUAAGUACAUUUUUAUGACAGGUCUAUAAAAAAAGAUGUUGGUCCCAAAAGUUACAUUAUUAUAAUUUAUAGUACUAAUGGUGCCUCAUCAUAGGAUCAUAGUUAUGUGGGGGGGUUUUUUGUUUUAAUUUUUUUUUCAGAAAUGUCAGAUGAUAAAAGGGUCUUAUUAGGAAAAAGAAGAAUAAAACAAUCCUUUAAAAAUUUGGUAACAUAAAAAGACUUCAUAGCUUUAAAGAAUAAGUAAUAUUGUCUUUAUAAUUCCCAGUUCUCCUUUAAUUUCUAUAAAACCUUCUUUGUCCCGCUGGCCAUAUCUCUUCGGUGAAGAGUGAUCCCCAUUUUAGUUUUUGUAAAGCUGCAGACUUAGGAAGUUAUAUUUUGUGUUUGUUAAGAUUCAAAGGAUAUACUAGUAGUCAAAGAAACUCAUUUAUUUUUUUUUAAUGAGUUUGUGUGCUAUUUUUGUAAGUCACCUACAGAUCAUUGAAAAAAGUUGAUGUAAUUAUCUUUCUUAAAAAAAAAAAAUCUUUAGUGUCACAAUAUUUGCUUUUUCACAUCUGCUGUCCUUUCAAAUUUUCUAUCCUAUUUUAGAAUACUAUGGUUAUGACAUCUUUUUGCAGUGCACAUGUUUUUUCUUUCCUUCACUUUUCAAAAGUGUUAAAUAACACUAAAUUUACACAUGUUUAGUUAGGCUACAAGUUGUGGGUGAUAGGUAUGUAAUAUUUGGAAAACAAAUAUAUUGCUUAAUCAGCAGUAACUUUCUCCUAAAAAGUCUUGUUUAUAAUGAAAUAGUGAUAGGAUUGUUGAACUUGCUACACCCACUCUGAAAGAUUGUACUUCCUGAAUAUUGAGAACUUUUUCACAUUUCAUUUACUACAAAAAUCUCCUGGCCUAUGUUCUGUGUUUCCUACAACACAAUAUUUCAUUUAUCUCCUGCUUAUGUUGUAACAAUGGUGGCUUAUUGAUGUUUCCUCAAAUCAAAAUCUUUCCCAUGUGAAAUGUCCAAAUUUAAAUUAGGAUUUUUAUUAGUCCGAUUUCCUUUUAACAUGUAUUUUACUUUGCAGUUAGCAUAAGAAUAUAGGCCAUUUUCAUUAGCGACUAACAAUAAUCAUGAAAUUGUGAUAGAUACAUAAAUAAAUCAGAUAGAAUUUUCCUCCAAGUUUUCUAAUAAUAAAUUAACAAUAUCUGACAAUACUCACAGAGUAGUGUAUUUUAUAAAUUACGAACAUAAAUUAAGGAUGUAUAAUAUUUUUUAACCCUUCUAUUUAUAAAAUAUAAAGUGAGAAGGACUGAUAACAAAUUUUAUGACUAAGAAUUAUAAGUAAAAAUAGUAUAUAGUGGAAAUAAACUAGUAAUUUAAUCUGACUAACUGAUCUCAGUCGGUUGUGCAUGUCAAAUUUUUAAAGUUAUUUUUGUUAGCUUUUUGAUGUAACGAUUACUUUAGAUUUAUGAUGUAGUAUAACAACUAUGUUAAUGUUUCAAUUAUAUGAAAACUGUAACAGUGUGAAUAGAUAUUAAUAUACUGUCAUCUUGUUAAGUACAGAAUUAGCCUUAAUAAUGUUUUGCUUUUAGUCUAGUAUACAAAAUUUGUAAACUUAUACCUACUGUACCAGGGUGAGCAGUCACUUUGACAAGAAAAAGGUUGAUAUCUAUAACUCUCAUUCCACUUCAGGAUCAUUUUUAAAUGAACAAUUUGGUUGUUUCUAAGCUUACACAAUAUCUUGUUAGAUAAAAAUGGGUAAUGGGUUCUUUAAGGUGACUCUAGGAAAUAUUGGAAAAUCACAUGCGAGUAAAAUAUCUUCAUAUUAAAAUUAUUACCAAAACAUUGCCAAAACACAUAUUUACCAGUAUGAAAAGUAUGUGAGGAAAACAUUUAGAAACAAAAGAUGUUAAUAAAUUAGAUAAAUGAUGUAAUUUACUCACUUAAAUUAAAGCGUUGUAUUUUCUGUGAUUACAAAGAAAGAUACAAUUAUUUAGUAAUUAAAUUUGAACAUUAAUAGUUUAGCUAAAAAUCAGCAUGUUUUCUGUAUUGCUCAAACACUCUAUAUUGCUCAAACACCCUAUGCCAUAAACGUGUUGGUUUCUUUGAUAUCACUUCUGUAGAUUCAGUUGCACACUAGGCUUGUAAUAAAGGUACAAUUUAUAAUAUUGGUUAUUUCUUUGGAAUAUAGUAGAUCUUGUGUGUUCAUUGCUUGAAGAAGAAAAAACGUUUAAUUCACAUUAGCCUUGAAUGCCAACUUACACUUGGAUGCAUAAUUAUCUUCCUUUUACCUCAGUUUUUAUCACUAAUUGAUUUAAUUUUGCAACAGAUUUCAGUUUAGAGUCAUUAUUAAAUGUCAGUUAGGAAUGAUUCCUGAUCAUUAGGUUUUCUUGUAUUUUUGAAAAUCCAAAAUUAGAAGAUUUGAUGACAUAUAAUUUGAGUUUUCAACCCUUUUCUUGACUGAUUGAUUUCCUCUCCACCCUAUUCCUACAAUAGGCUUUGGGUCCCCUAAAUUUGUCCAUCCUCAUAUGGAAUGGGAUGAUGAGUUUAAUGAUGAUAUGGAUGAAGGUAUGGUGUAUGGUGGCAAUGUCGUCAUUUCUUCACUGCCCUUUUAUAGUUUUAGUUUUGUUUCCCUUAUUUGAUGGGCCUAUUCCUUGGCAACUAUUAGUUUUACUUUAACUUGGCUAUUAAAAAUCUGUAAUUCAUUUAAAACAAAAAAUAGGAGAUGGUUACAAAAAUGUCUUUUAAUCUCAUUCAAUUGUAAAUAUUUCUUUGGUGUGUUACUUAAUUUUUUUCAUGGCAAUAAUUUACUGGAGUAAUUCAUUUGACUUGCUUUUUUAACCUCCAUAUGAGACAUUUUUAUAUGCUUACUAAACGAAAUAAGCUACCGUUGAGAUUAGUCAUCCAAGAAAUGGGCCAGAUGUUUGUCUUUUUUGUUUAUUGCCAUCUUGGAUAACAGAACUGCUUCAUUAGCUCUACCUUAACUGUAAAUUUAUGUAACUUUUUAGAGUAAAAAAUUCUAGCUUUAAAUCUGUAACCCAAUUAUCAAAUAUAUGUAUGGAUUCUUCAAAUGUUCUUUUACAAAUGGAUAUUAGAUUCAUUUACAUAUUCCGGUUAAAGAAAGCUAAGAAGUAGUUCAUGUCUAUGUGAUCUCUGCACGCAAUUUAUUUCAUUCUUUACUAUGUGUCAACAUUUGAAAUUUGAUGUGCCUCUAGAUGCCUUGUUGUUUUUUAAGCUAGACUAGGGGAGAGUCAGAAAUAUAACAUAAAUUAUUAUUAAAAUCUAAUUGUUUUUACAAUUUUUCUUCUAUUUGUUUAUAACCACUAAUUUUACAUAAUUUCCAUCCAUCUUUAUAAAAAAUUAGGAAAGGAAAAUGUAAUUUUAUUCUUUCUAGGUGGGUUUUCUUUAGCCACUGCUAUUUAUGAAAAUAAAAAUGGGUGCUUUGAGAAGAAAAGCUGUAUAUUUUAAGCUCUUCCCUAGCUUGACUGUCAUUAUGGUUUAAAAAAUAAUAAUUGUGCUUUAAUAAGGCUAUUGUUCACCGUCACUGGGUAUUUUAAUUUCCAUGAUUUUCUUGUCAUGUUGUUAUAGUGUAUAGAGAAUUUAAGUUUUAGUUAUCAUAUAUUAUUUAUGAAUAUUUUUAAGUUUUAAUUUGCAUCAGUAUUAAUAUUAAAUAUUACAUUAGAAUAAAAAUCUCAGAUUUGUGAGUAAAAAAUGAAAGUUUUAAUUUGAAUAUUUGCCCUGCAUAUUUUCUAUGUUAAAAAAUAGCUAAAUGUUUAAGUUCUUAGAUGCUUGAUGAUAGAUCCCUUUUUUUUUUCUUUUUAAAAUCUACUCUUCUCUAAAUUGAUAGGCUUAUUAUUGAAUAUGAAAUUACUUGUAAUAAAUCUUGUAUUUCAUUUAAAUUUAUAACAGUUAAAAAUUGUGAAAAUUUGUAGCUAAGGAACAAUUAGUGCUAUUAUUUUAAAUUUUACCAUUGUUUUAUUUAUUUUUUCCCCCUUGUUAUCUUUCUUUACAUGGCAAAAUUUGAAGUUUCGCGACAACAUCAGCAUCCUGAUAAUUCUAAAAUUUUAGUAGAUUGAUAAUAGUCUUUGACACAUGUUGUUAUUUUAUAGACAUCUUUGACUAACAACACUCACACUUUAAUCAGUCAGACAAAAGGCAUAACCUGAAAAAUAUCACAUUGAUAAAAUGUCCAGUCUUUGUUAAGGAUUUUUGUUUGAAAAGACAAAAGAACACCUUUUAGUUUUGGUUGAAGAAUAAUUUAAGGUAGUUUGUAGGUAUGGAAAUUAAUUUCAUUAUUAGAAAAAAACUUCUUUUUUUUUUUUUUGGUGGGUUUUUUUCUGUCUUGUUGGUAAAGUGGAUGAAAUAUUAUAGUCCUUUUCAACAAUUAUAACCUUAUCUCCUUGCACAAUAUGAUGCAUUUCUUUACUAUUUUUAACAGAAGUUUCGGUCUCCUUAAAGUUUUUUUUUUUUUUUUUUUUUUUUAAUUUUUUUUAAAACCUUAUUUAAUCCUCCCAUUUGUUUUGCAUGAUCCUUCAUUUUCUAUAGUGUAAAUAAUUUUAUUUUUUUUUUUUUUUUAUAAAUUUUUUUUUUUUUUUUAUUUUUUUUUUUUUUUUUUUUUUUUUUUGAAUUUUUUUUAAAACCUUAUUUAAGCCUCCCAUUUGCUGUGCAUGAUCCUUCAUUGUCUAUAGUGUAAAUAAUUUUGUAAGUUAUCUGAAAAACAAAGUUGUUUUAUUUAUGAGUAAUUUCAAAGCAGUGUGUUGUGGGCAUAUUAAGUACUGUGGUCAAAUAAUUGUUUAAUAUGCCUUACACAUUAAUAUUAAAUAUUAUUAGUUCUGGUAAGUAAGAUGAACAGUUUGAGCACAAAUUAUGAAAUUAAAAUUAAUUUAGUCAAAUUUAGGAGGGGAGAGCAAUUGAGAAAUUGUGAUGGAAUGUUAAAAAACAUUUUUUAGAAAAUUGUCAACUUAUGUUUUAUAUUCAUUAAACAUAUAUGUAGAUUGACUAAUAACGCGACAUACAUUUAUUGAACUUGAUUGAUAUUUUCAGAAGUUUUUUUUUUUUUAAAUUUCUUUUUUGCUUUAAGUAAGGGUAUUUAAGAUACAGUUGUGGUUGCAAUAUCAAUCUCAGAAAACAUUCUGAGAUGGUGCAUUUAUAAUAGUUUAAUUAGUCAUUUUUAUCUUUAUAAAAUUUUCUUCUCUGCAUUGGUCUUUAUUUUACUGCUUGGUGCUUUUUUGUGUGAUCAUUGCUAAUAUAUACAUUUUUAAUGUCACUUUUGUGGUAUUCUAAAUCUUUGGCUGUGAAUUUACUUUUUAAUUUCAUUUUAAAAUGUUAUUACUGUGAUAUAUUUUUUCAUGCAUAUCAGUCUAUUAUCAUUGUAUAGUUAAAAAUCAGCUUUUGAAAAGAUUGUUUAAAUGUUGGCUUUCGGGAAAAAUUUUAUCCUAAUCUGUUGAUAUCUUUGUUUAAAUCAAAGUUCAAAACUGGUGGCCAUGUUAUUGAUUUAACUCAAGUUAUCACUAAUUAAAAAUGUCAUUGACAUUGAAUUACAAGCCUAUUUUAAAGCCGGCCUCACAAGCAUUUAACAUUGGUUUUUCUGUCUGCAUCUUUUUUUUUGUUUUAUUGUUUCAGUGCAUAUUGGGGAACACACUUUAAUAAAAAAAAAAUUUUUAAAAGAAAUUCUAUUCAUUUUGUUUAUAAAACCCAUGACUUUAUAAGUGUUAGAUCUACAUAUUUUCUAUGAAAUAUUUCAGUAUAUAGAUUUUAAAAAUUAAAAAAGUUCUUGUCAUGAGAUGAUUCUACCUUAAAACAAUAUUUAUUUUGUUGCACUAAAUUCUAUAAAAAAAAAGCAGGAAAAGCAUUCAGUGGACCUGACUUAAAUUUGCAUUAUAGUUGGGCUUUUUUUUUUUUGCGACAAAUUGUAGAAUUUAUCAUCAAGGUCUACAUUUUUUUAAUGCCUCAUACAACAUGGAUGCAUCUAUAAAUGAAGCUUUUUCAAAGUUAAUUCUGGUUGUUGUUUUUUUUUUUAAAGAUUUAAUUUUUGCCACACAUGCAUCUUGCGUAAAUAAAUAUGACUCGCAUGCACUUCGCAGCAAACAUACAAUGAUCUUAGUUUUUAUAAAUGAAGCUAUUACUAUUUUAUUACAAUGGAGUAAUUUUUUUGUCAAGAUAACUUCCAAUUAUAUUCAGAAAAACAUUGUAGUUCUACAGUGCUCCAUUUUGAGUUCAGGAUUAAACAAUACAGCCUGACAACAGACUUUUGAACUAUGCCAUGUUCCAAUAUAAAUUGACACAUAUUGGUUCAAUAUCUAAGUAAUUUUCCUCAAUUUUUUAAUGAAACCAUAAAAUAAGAUGAAUGUAAAUUCGGUAGCAUUUUAGCCUUGCUUGUUUUAUCAAGUUGUCAAGUGUUAUUGGAAUGGGUACUGGUUAUUAAAGUUAUAAGAUAUUUCCCCAGUAUAUGAAGUAGAGGAUCUAUAAUUGGAUUCAGCCUGUCAUUUAGCUUGUUCAGCACACAGUUAUCAGUGCAUUAUUACACAGAUUAAAAUAGAAGAGUUCUUUUGGGUAUUAUUUUCAUCACUGAGAACUGUUUCAAUGCCUCUACAAUUAUUUAAUUUUUAGUUGCAUGCAGUAUAACUAAGAUUCCACUUUUCAUACAUUCUAUUUGGUUUUAAAAGGUAGAUGUUUAAAAUUUGUUAAAUUUUUUUCUGUUAGUUUUAAAUAACAAAUUAAGCUCACUUAAAGGAUCACAUUACUAUAUUCUUAAUUUUGCAUGGAAAAUACAUCUGAACACACCGUUAAUCAUUUGAGGCCCUUUUUUAUAUUAGAUAUACAAACACAGGGUCAUUGGUCAGGUUUUGAUGAUGUAGAAUCUAAUGUUAGUUAUUUCAUAUUGAAAAGUUAAAUUUGUACACUUACUCUGACAUUUGACAUGUAGCCACUAGUUAUUGAACAGCCCAUGGGAAUUAUUAACAUCUUAGUUUUGGUUUAUGACAACGCUGAACACACAGAUGAUGACACAGACUCACUUGAUGUUAGCGCUGAUGGCUCUCACAUGCACCAGAUGGCACAUCGGAUGCCUCGUGUGGAGAUGGUUGCCCCGGCUGGAGCAGAGGAGGAGAAGAAAGAGGAGGAACCACCCCAAGGUGAGGUCUUUAUCUUUUUACUGGUCAAUCUUAAGAAAUAUAAAAAUCUACUCAAGGAACUCAACUAUCAAUGUCUUUAAACCUAUUUUUACAAAAUUUAACACCCUCUCACUGAAACAUAUUUAGAAGUCUAUUACUAAAAGUAUUCAUAAAGAAUUUGAAAGCAAGUUGAAGCUUGGAUGGUCAGAUGUUGAAAUAGUCCUAAGAUUGCUAACUCUAAAAGUUAUCAUCAAGGUCUAAAAGUAAUAUUUGUCAAACUUUAGUUAUGAAUUGACAUUGAUGCGCUAUUCUUGGAGACACUUGUAUAAUAAACUAAUUUUAAUUUUAUGAUUUACCAAAGUUAAUUAUCAAUUUUAUUUUGCUUAUAAACAAUAAAAUUUUAUACAGAAACAUCCUAAUAUUAAUAUUUUGCACUUAAAAAAUGAUAGCUUCUAAUAAUAUAUUAAAGUUGGGUAAACCAAUCCUGGUGUAUAUUUUUAAUGUAAUGUUUUUUCUACAGUCCGUGAACUCAGUGAGGAGGAGAAGAAACAAAUAAUGAUGUCUGAAGAAUAUCAGCUGAGUGUGACACGUGCAGCACGGGUUAUGCAACGCUUGCUUGCUGUUAAUGAUACAGGAUUAACCAUUGAUUACAGUGGGGCUGACAAUGAAGGGAAAGAUGAGUAAGUAUUUGAAAGGCACACAUUACUUGAGUUCUUAUAUAUUUCAUGCCAGAUUUUAAAACCCUUUAUCAGUAACUUUGAAAUAGCCGUUUCAAGAUAGAUUUCUCCUGAUUUUAUACCAGGCGUAUUUGCAGUGAAACAAUGCUAUCUUUUAUGAAUUUAAAUGAAUUUAACCUAAAAUCUCUCAAAUUGAAGAGAGUUCUUUAAAUGGAUUAUUUUCAAGUUUUCUCCUCUUUAAAAAGAAACUGAAACUGAUUUAAAUAUAUAGUCAGACUUUUAACAAGUUUAAAGAUUUUAUUGUGUUAAAAUUCUGAGUUAUAGCUAAAUCUUUUUGGAUGUCAUAGAAUUGUUCAUUGUCUCAAAGAUUUUAUAUGCAGUUAAUUUAAUAUUUUUGUGUCUUUGCAUUUCUUUAUCAGUGAUGCGCUAGCCGGGGAAAGGUUAAAGUUGCAGUUUGAAUUUUUUGAUGAGCGAUGGUCUCGGCGUAGGACGAUUACAAGCAUGGAUUGGUCACCACAGGUAGAAAUAGUAGAGUCCUUUAGUUCCAAUCAUUUUCCCUCUGUUUCUAACUAUUCCUUGUAUACUUUGAUUAGAAGCUGACAACUUAAACUCAUUAUUCUAUCAUCAUAGGCUAAAACUGACAUAAGGCUAAUUAUGCCUCAACUGUCAUAAUGGCCUAUCAUCUGUUGUUAUACCCUUUUCUGUGGCGUCAUGGCCCAUAUAAUGGACUGCUAACAAAAUUGUCAUUAAAAAUGCAAUUGAUUUGAUUUAUAUUGGUUAAGGUGACAUGACUAUAUAAAGGAGUUUUUUUCCUAUUUCCGCUCUAUCUGUUGUUAAAGUGGGCUUUUUCUAUGAUUAAUCAUGUGUAAUAUUUGCAAAAACAUUUUUACUACCAUAGUGUCUGAUGCUGGGGCAAGUCCCGCUCUAGAUUGCAAAGUUAACACAGACUUUCUCUAUUGGAAUUAUUUCAAAUGGAUUAAAAUGAAUGCAUUGAACCCAGAGAUAUGAAACGUGCCACAAAUGACAGUAUUAGCUCUAGUGGUGAUGUCGACAUAAGAGUCAGUUUUGGAUAAUUUUAGCCCUAUGGUCAAUUGUAUUGUUACAGAAAAAUUGCGAAUAGAAAAGACAAAGAUUAGAUCCCAAAGAACUACCUUUAUGAGACUUGAAGACUUUUAUGUUUGUGUAUGUUCAAGAGUGUUAAUUAUUUUAUUUUUUUAAUGGAUUUAGUAAUAUCAAUUGAAAAGGAAAUUUUUGAACUCAUUUCGUGCAUUCCUUCUUGUAUUUUGUAUGACAGAAAGUUGAAGGUAGUGAAUGAAAAAAAGAUCCCAAAUAUUAUAAUUUUGUCGAUAUAUAAGUACCUAUAACUUUAAAUUUUCUGAAAGAAUAUUGCUUCUAGUAUAUCAAAACUUGAUUUUAUGAUAGUUUGAACAACAUAUAGAGUAAUAGGUUGGGUUGAAUUCAGAAGAUGAGUAUAAAAAUUGUUUUCACUCUUUAAAGGUUAAGGUUAGUAUCAAUAUACAUAAUAUAAAAACAAAUCCAUUUCAUACCUUAAAAUACCUAGUCCAAUUUACUUUCAGAAAAUGUAUGCUUGUAAGGGCCUCUGAAUUCAUUUAGUAUAGGAUUUUGUCAUUUUUUAAAAAAAAACACAUGAAAAUGCUGAAAAUGGCUAGACACUACAGAAAAAUGUACUUGACAGUUAUAGGGUAAAAUUAAGUUUUGAUUCAUAUCAAUAAUCUCAAGUUAAAAUUUUUGAUAAUUUAAAAUUUUAUAUAUUAAACUAAAACGUUGCACUUUUUUUUUUAAGACAGAAGGUGGUUUUCAAUUAAUUUAUUUAUAAAUCCAAUUUCAGUAUCCAGAGCUUUUGCUUGCUUCCUACAAUGCCAAUGAAGAUGCACCUAAUGACCCUGAUGGUGUAGCGCUCAUAUGGAAUUUAAAGUAUAAAAAUAUGUCUCCAGAAUAUAUCUUCCAUUGCCAGGUAGAAAAGAAUUUUCUUGCUUUUGUUAUUUCAAAUGAAAGAUUUUUUUUUCUUGACAACAAAAUCAUAAACCCAUUACAUUUGGUCUGUGAAAAAAAUAACUUUAAUGAAUUGUGUCAGCUUUAAAAAAUAUUUUUCAGUCCAUUUUUGUUAAAAAUGUGUUUGUAAUGUAUAUAUUUAGACUAUUUUUUGUACAUUUUCCUUAGUCAUCUGUGAUGUCAACAUGCUUUGCCCAAUUUCACCCAAAUCUUGUUAUUGGCGGCACAUAUUCUGGUCGUAUUGUACUUUGGGACAAUCGUGUCAAUAAACGCACACCCGUUCAGAGAACACCUCUCUCAGCUUCAUCACACACAGUAAGUUUCCCAUUAGAUUGUAUUACCCAGGGAUCAGUUUAGAGCAUCAAGUUGAUUCAGAUGACACAAUUUUUUAUUAGAAAUCUUUACCUUUUUAAUUAUUCUUAAAAAGAUUUUAUGAUAACAAAACAAGAUUUUUUAUUAUGUGGGUUCACAAUGAAUUGGUUAUAAUUUUUUCAAAAGUAAGGCAUACUUUUAAAAGAGUCUUAGCCAUAAUGAUUGUGAUUGUUUUUGCUUGUCUCUGAUCCUCAGCAUCCAGUGUACUGUGUAAAUGUUGUUGGCACCCAGAAUGCCCAUAAUCUAAUCAGUGUUUCCACUGAUGGCAAGCUAUGUUCAUGGAGUUUAGACAUGCUGUCACAACCCCAGGUCUGCACAGCUGUUUUACAUGUUGUUAUGCCAUUUUUUAAAUUUGUUGUCCUUAAAAAAGACAGUCAAUGGAUCUAAAAAAAAAUUAUAAUCAACUGGUUUAAUUUAUUUUGAAAUAUGCAACAUAUAAAUAGUUGAAGAUUCUGAUAGGAACUUCUACUAUUUCUUUUGUCCAGUGACUUCAAGUUUUAUUUGAAAUAAUAGUAAUAUUUCCUCUUGGUCUAUUUAUUAUAUCUGUCAUAUUUACAGUACUAACUAAUAAUUUGGUGGUAGUAGCAAGCCAACUGGUGGUUAAAAAUUAUGUUCGAAACUUAUGUUGAAAAAACAUCUCUUAUCCCAAUACACGUAGCAAUUUCUCAAUCCAAUUCGCUUUUUAACUUCUCUAUAGAUUAACGAAUAAAGAAAUAUAUAGCAUUGAAAUAUGACGUCGACGUGACAUCCUUGGUAUUUUAGAAAAGUUCUUCUCCUCUUUGUUAUGCCAACAAUAUGACGUCCUUGGUAAUUGAAAAUGGGUGAUUGUGAUGUCACGUCGAUGUCAUUGGUAGCGAAAAGGUUAAUGGGUGAGGUGAGACAGAAUAAUAUAUUAUCUUUACUUGGAAUAACUUGACGUUUUUUUUUAUGCUGUUUCAUGUUAAUAUGAAUCAUCAUUUGACCAUUAUAAAAGUUAACAAAGCUGUUUUAUUAAAGUCUGAACUUUUUUUUCUGUCAUCCAAACCUCCAGGACAGUAUGGAGCUUCAAGCCAAGCAAAACAAACCUGUGGCAGCAACAUGCUUCAGCUUUUUGUCAGGAGACACCAAUAACUUUAUUGUAGGAUCUGAAGAAUGUACCAUUUAUUCUGCAUCCAGGCAUGGAAGGUAAGUUUGUUUGCCUGCAAAUCAAUGUCUCAUUCAGAUCUUCGGGAUAUGGUUUGUUCCAUGCCGGUCACUGAAAUAAAUAUUAUGGAAACCUAUCCAUAUUUUGUGUUCGUCACUUCAAAACAUUUGUGACUACACCAUGCAUUUAUUCAUUAUGUAAAUUUGGCUGGUGAUAAUAUCUUUAUUGACUUUUUUCUUUUAUUAUAUGUUUACUAUUUGGUUGUUUUCUUUGAUAAAAUUCUCUCUUUAAUAUAUAUAUAUUUUUUUUACAGCAAAGCAGGUAUAAAUGACAUUUUUGAUGGCCAUCAAGGGCCCAUCACCAGCAUAGAUACGCAUAAAGUACCAGGUCAAAUAGACUUCUCUCCAUAUUUCCUUACAUCAUCAUUUGAUUGGACCAUUAAGCUAUGGAGCAUAAAGGUAUAAUGCUAGAAAUAAUUGAAUUUUUACAGAUGAUGUCUGGAAGCUAUGAUCAAUUAUUCUUAAUAUUUCCUAUACCUUUGUAGAUGUCUUUUGCCUGGCAAUUGUACUAUCUAAUUUAAUCAAGUCAUAAAGUUUUGUUAAAUCAUGUCUAUCUUAAAACUAUUCGUAAUUACUAUCAAAGUGUUUUUUUGUAAAAUCAUAAAGAAAAUUGUAUAUAUUUGUUAUAAUUUUUAAAAAUAUUCACUAUUUGCAUUUUUUUUUUCCUUUAAAACUCUUAAUAUUAUACUCCAAAUAGCAACCUUAUUACAUCCACUCCUUUGAAGACAACAAUGACUAUGUGUAUGAUGUACGGUGGUCCCCUGUACACCCAGCACUGUUUGCAAGUGUAGAUGGAGAAGGGCGUUUGGAUUUAUGGAACCUGAACAGUGAGACAGAAGUAAGUUGAAUAAUAUAAAUGUGCAUAAUUUCCAACUGGGGUGACAGGAUUAAUAUUUCUAAGGGGGGUCCCAAUGAGUAAGAGCUAAAAAUAAAAUUAUUUGCAAAGAUUUUGUGAAUAGUGCUUUUUUUUAGCCGUGCCCUGCAUUCGAGGGGGGGGGGGGGGGUUUGUUUGUUUUUUUUUUUUUUUUUUUGGCAUCUGUCUGUCACUAUAUUGUGGACUUCGCAGGAUGAAAUCCACAAGGCCUGGGAUUAUUCUUCAAGGAUUUAUUUAUUAAUACUUUAUAUUACAUCUAAAUUGCUAUCAUAUUCAUCAUUUUGAGUCCAUUGCUGUCAUAUUCAUGAUGUGAGUCCGUUUUUAGCUAAAUUACUUUUCAUUGGUGUGUAAAAAAAAACUAUCCAUUUAUGAAUGAUUUGAACAUGUUUGAACGCUUGAAUGAAAUAAUUAAAGUUAUGAAGAAGCUUAAAUGAAAAGACAGGACAAUAAGAUGUGAAUGUUUCGGCUUAGAGCCUUGUUCACUGAAGAAGGCACUGAGCCGAAACGUGCACAUCUUAUUGUCCUGUCUUUUGAUUCAACGUAAAUAAUAAUAAUAAUAAUAAAGUUUAUUUAAAAAACACGCUUCAUCCCCAAAAGCUCGAAGCUCGGUACAAAGUCAACCAUAUUAAAAGAAAAAUAAAAACAAUCCAAAAUUUACCACAUUUAAAAUAAACAGACGCAACAAUAUAAAACUACAUAGGAGCAUACCAAGUCAAAGACUUUCAUCCCGUUUCAACACAAGCCAAUAUACAUUAACUGAAAAAGAUGGUAGAUAGCAUCACCCCAGAAUAACUUGAUUAAUAAGACACGAACAAAUUGUGUCAAUAUAACAAUAUAAGUUACGCUUUAAUAAUAAUUAUACAUAAUACACAAGUAAACGUUUCGGCACAUGCCUUCAUCAGUACAAACAGUCCUUCAAUUAUUAUCGAUUUAGUGAAUGCGUGAGCAACAAAGGGGAGAUUAUUUAUGAUUUUUUUGUUGUUGUUAUGUUAUAUGGAUGCCGUUCAGUGUCUUGUGAAUGUAGAGAUUAAAUCAGUAAUUCCCUUCAUCAUCAUAUGAAUAAAAAGUGUUAAACAGGAAAACAAUUUCAAAAAUACUAAAUAAAUAUAUGCAUAGAUUUCAAGAUCUUAAUGUGUAUUUGUCUUAGGUUCCCACAGCAUCUGUCUUAGUUGAUGGCCGCCCAGCACUUAACCAGUGCAGAUGGCACCAGACAGGCCACCACAUAAGUGUUGGAGAUAAUAAUGGCCGAAUACACAUUUAUGAUGUGGGAGAGGUGAGAAUAAUCGAUAUACCUUACUCAUUCUCUAAUGGCAACAAGGUUCUGACUGCAUUUAAAGGACCAAAUAUUAACAUUUCUUUGCAUAUUAUUUAUGCUAAAUCAAUAACAUACAUACCUAAGAACCUGCUUAAACUGAAUAAAUUGUUCUCUUCUAUCAGCACAUUGCUAAUCCCAGGACUGAUGAGUGGUCAAACUUUGUCCACACACAACAGGAAUUAAAACAACAUGCUGCUGAGAGGGAAGAGGACUCAAAUCUAGCAGGGACUGGAGCACCACUCAGAUAAACUAAAGUAAUAAUUAUUCAAGUAUUUUUCAUUGAACGUGUAUAUGGAUAUGGGCGUAGUUUCUUUCUUCACCCCUGUAUGAACAAUAAUUGCUUAUUUCCCCCCUCUUUUUCCUUUAGAAAGCUAAAAACCAUGCAUUCAUUAAUUUUAAGUUGUAUAUUGAACUAUAGAAUGUUAACUGUAAAUCGUAAGUGCAAUAAACUUGAAGAGAAUACCAAUUAAAUGUUGUGGAGUUACUAAAUGUAGAGAUUUUUUUCGAUAUGAAACUGUUGCUUGAAAUGUUAUUGGUGAACAGCUGCGUUAAAGGCUAUGAUUUAUAAACAGUUAAAUUUUGAGAUAGUUUAUCCAAAAAAUUAGAAGAAUGCAGGUGUAACUUGCUUUAUUACUGCAUUUAAGAACAUAUAUGAAAAUGGGUGGUGACAUGAAAUGAAUGAUUUGUAAAAUAAAGAUGUGUGUAUGGUCGACAUUUAUUUGGCAAAUUGAAGAUACAGAAACUUUUAUAUUUACUUGUACAGGGCUAUAGAGUCUGGAAAAGAUAUUAAUGUCUGUGAGAUUUAAUAUAAGACUCUGCCAUGAGUCCAGCAUAGGUAAUUUAAAAGUGACUGAUGGAGGACAUUACAAAUUCUAUUUUUCCUGAAAUGAUUCUUCUGGCCUAAUAAAGCAUUCAAUUUGGACCAUACAGACUCUGUAGUCAGAUACUAGAUUGUAAUUAACUGCACCAGACUUUAAAGAAACUUCUUUGUAUAAACUGAAAGAGAAUUGAAUGUGAAUUGUUUAACUGUAUGUAUGUGAUCAUGAACAAUGUUUUCCAUGCCUAAUGCCAUUUUAAAUGCAGUCUUUGACUUUGUUUUUUCUCUUGAAAAAUGUUCUUUUUGUCUGCUUUUAGGAUAGUAUGCCUCUUAAUUGUUUCAGGAUGUCCAAACGUUCAGUUGCACUGCAUUUGGAUAACUGAAAAAUCACCAGUCUUUGAGUUUUUUUAACUGUACUUGUGGAACUUUUUUAUCUUGUUAGGUUCCUAUUUUAAACGUAUAUUAAGUUUCAGUUGUGUCCAAAAUGUGAUAUAUUUUUUAAUGUAAUUCUGCUUUCUUUUCAAUGCUAUAAAUAUAAAUUGAAGUCGGGAACCAUGCAUUUAAUUUAAUUUAAAUCUUUAUGCAUUGGAUUAAAAAAGUUCUUACAAAUUUAAUUUCUUUUAUUCAAAGUUUUUUCAAAAUAGAACCCUUUUAUUUGUUCUAUGUAGAACAAGUAGAGUAAAGCCAAAACUAUAACUGAAAAUUAGAUUGGUAGACUUAUUUAUUAUAAUUAUUUACCAAAUAUUUUGUUAUGAAAUAAAAUAAUUCUUGCUACAUUUCAAA